UACAAUUAUUAUAUUAACACAUAUACAACAUGUCCCAAAAGGUUUAGUAAAACCUUUACUAAGACUUAUGGGACACCCUGGAUACAUAAACAAUACUUUUUGAUCAUCUAUGAACAACUCCCAUGCAACAUUCUUCAUGACCACCGCCUCCUCCAGAUAAAAGUGACCUUUCCCUCCUCGAAUUUCGCAUAGCACCUUGCCUGGAUCUCCCCAUUGCACUUAACUCAUUCACUGGUUAUCGGUUAUUCGUAUAAAACUCUCUUCCUUCUUUCCCACUCCCCACUGCAAACUCCAGGAGAGUAGGGCCUUGGUGUGUCCAAGACUAGUAUGAUACCUUUCAUAUAGUAGGUACUUAAAUGUUUCCUGAACUCAGGUCCAAAUGUAUAUCUAAACAUUUAAAUUAAAUAUGUUGUAAACUUUUCCGUGCCUUCACCAUCUUCAGUGUAUCUGCAGUGAGCCUAGUACAGAGCUAGGUAGGUAAGUGGGUAGACCAUACAUGUGUUUUUUAGUAAUAGCACUGAUGACCGCUACGUGGAAACCCUAUAGCCUAGCAUUAAGCCAAAGCACAAAGGAAACGCAAAAUGGGGAUUUGAAUUCACAUCUAAAUGGCCAGUUUUAGAACCCUGGUAUUUUUUCCCAGGCAACAGCCAGCCCACAAAGAAACCAGGAAAUAGGGCUCAGGACACAAUGUAAUUAAGCUCCCAAGGUGCAAGUUAGUCAGACCCAGGCCCGCUGCAGCCCCCCUCCCCGGAGCUGUCCUGACUCUGCCCACCCCCAGGCCAACUGCAGUUCGCUUCUCGCUGCUCUUUUCCCAGCAAAGAGGAAAAAAAAACCCAAACCAAAACACCAUUCUCCGGGCUCCGCCUGGGUUUUGUCCCUGCACCUUUCCCAGGCAACCGAGGCCGCCUUCGCCCCAUAACAAGAGGAAGCUGCCAGGGAGGCAGGGCGCUCUCCCACUCAUGUCUCGUCUGGCCGGACCAGACCGUCUCCUGUGGCCGGGGGGCGGCGCAGCCGCGCGGAGCUGGAGCUGGGCUCCAUCACCGUCCCCGCCGCCGGGCCGGGCUCCCCGUAGAGGGCGCGGGAGACGGCUCCGCCCCACCGCCCUUCCCCUCUCCCGGCUCCCUGGAUCCGAGCCGGGAGGAAAUGAUGUGUUGCUGCCUGGUUAAUCACAGCUCCAGACACUCAUUGGCGGAGCUCUCCACUGCCACUUCCUCCUCCUCCUCCUUCUCCUCCUCCCUCUGCUGCUGCUCCUGCUCCUGCUCUUUGCAACCGCCUCCUCCACCUCCUCCUGCUCCAGCUCGCGGGGGGAAGUUUUCUUCUUUUUGUAGCUAUCUCCUUCGCCUCCUCUCGCGGACUGACUUCUUCCCCUUAGCUCCCGUCUUUUUUGCUCUCCUUCUUCUUCUUCCCAUCCCGCCUGUGCCUCUGCACCUCUGGAAGUUUAUUCCUGCAGCUAGCUCUUCUUCCUUCUCUUCCUCCUCCCCCUCCCCGCCCAUUGCUCUUCUCCCCUCCUCCUCAAACAGCCCCCAACCCACCCUCCACCUUCUAGAGGCUGCUGCAAGCUUGCUUCUUGGCAAGAGAUGUCGGGCUAAGGGCUGGGAAAGCCCCUGGCUCCGAGAGCAUUGGCCCUGCGCAAAGCUCCAUUGCACCAGCCACCGCUGCUCCAUGGGCGGCUAGCCCCUAGUCCUUUACCCAGGGAGAGUUCCGGGGCUCGCCGGCUGCACCGCCCCGCCCCGCCCCGCACCACCCCCGGGGGCUGCCUGACUGUCCGCCCGCACAGCCAGGCUGGGCUGCGGCACUCCGCCUUACCUACACCUUACUCCAGGAUCCAGAGUUGUACAAUGUUAGAUGGAGUUAUGAUUCUGCCUGUUCUCAUGAUGAUAACUUUCCCCUCUCCUAGUAUGGAAGAUGAGGAACCAAAGUUGAAUUCAAACCUAUAUAUGUGUGUGUGUGAAGGCAUAUCCUGUGGGAAUCAGGAUCACUGUGAGGGGCAGCAGUGUUUUGCCUCAUUGAGCAUAAAUGAUGGUAUUCAAGUCUACCAGAAAGGAUGCUUCCAAGUGUAUGAGCAGGGGAAGAUGACCUGUAAGACUCCACCAUCCCCUGACCAAGCUGUGGAGUGCUGUCAGGGAAACUGGUGCAAUGGAAAUAUCACAGCCCAGCUACCAACUUCGAAAGGGAAAUCCUUCCCAGGAGGAUAUUCACGAUUCAGCCUGGAUUAUAUGGCCAUCUUUAUAGGCCUUUCUAUAGCAGCAUGCCUUUUUGUUAUUCUACUGGUUGUGGGCAUUCGGAAGUUUAAAAAACGCAAUCAGGAGCGGCUUAACCCUAGAGAAGUGGAAUAUGGCACCAUUGAUGGACUCAUCACUACAAAUGUUGGCGAUAGCACCUUAGCUGAUUUAAUGGAUCAUUCUUGUACGUCAGGAAGUGGCUCUGGUCUUCCUUUUCUCGUACAAAGAACCGUGGCUCGUCAGAUUACACUGUUGGAGUGUGUAGGAAAAGGCCGAUAUGGAGAGGUGUGGCGAGGCCAUUGGCAAGGAGAAAAUGUUGCUGUAAAGAUAUUCUCCUCCCGGGAUGAGAAAUCUUGGUUCAGAGAAACAGAAUUAUAUAACACUGUAUUACUAAGGCAUGAAAAUAUUCUAGGGUUCAUUGCUUCAGAUAUGACAUCAAGACACUCUAGUACUCAGUUGUGGUUAAUUACACAUUAUCAUGAAAUGGGAUCCUUGUAUGACUACCUACAGCUCACUACUCUGGACACAGUUAGCUGUCUUCGAAUUGUGCUGUCUAUAGCUAGUGGUCUAGCACAUUUGCAUAUAGAGAUAUUUGGAACUCAAGGAAAACCAGCCAUAUCCCACCGGGAUUUAAAGAGUAAAAAUAUCCUUGUUAAGAAGAAUGGACAAUGCUGUAUAGCAGAUUUGGGACUUGCGGUGAUCCACUCCCAGACCAACAAUCACCUAGAUGUUGGAAACAACCCUCGUGUGGGCACCAAGCGCUACAUGGCCCCUGAGGUCUUAGAUGAAACCAUCCAAGUGAACUGUUUUGACUCUUAUAAAAGAGUUGACAUUUGGGCCUUUGGACUGGUCUUAUGGGAGGUGGCCAGGCGAAUGGUGAGCAAUGGUAUUGUAGAAGAUUAUAAACCCCCCUUCUAUGAUGUAGUUCCUAAUGAUCCAAGUUUUGAGGAUAUGAGAAAGGUAGUCUGUGUGGAUCAGCAGAGGCCAAACAUUCCCAACAGAUGGUUCUCAGACCCGACAUUAACCUCUUUGGCUAAACUUAUGAAAGAAUGCUGGUAUCAAAAUUCAUCUGCAAGACUAACAGCUCUGCGUAUCAAAAAGACUUUGACCAAAAUUGAUAAUUCCUUAGACAAAUUGAAAGCUGACUGUUGACAUUUUCGUGGUGCUGUCAAGAUGGAAGAUUUUUGUUGUUGUUGUUGUCAUUGUCCAGUCUGGAAAUAUGCUGACCUGACGAUUUGUCAGAACUGAUCCCUUCCGCCCCCCAAAAAAUGGCAUCUUAGUCGAGACAGACAUCUUAUCUAGCCAUCUCUUUGGGAGACGUUAAAACCACCUGAACCUCGCUCAAUGACUCUAAAAAUGGGCAUUUCACAAACUGUUCAGACUUCAGAGACUUAAUGCUGGAUGUACUGUUGCAAAAGAUGUGACCUGAAGGAACACAGAGAAAUCCGAAGACAAAGAUCUGGGCAUUAUGAUGAUGGCUUGGAGCUCUUCUCACACAGAGCUCUUAGACACUCCCCCCGGGGAACGCGAGGAUAUGGUAAAUUUUUAAUCAGCAAUAUUGCCUGUGCUUCUCUCCUUUAUUGCACUAGGAAUUCUUUGCAUUCCUUACUUGCACUGUUACUAUUAAUUUUAAAACCCAACUUGCCAAAAAAAAAAAUUGGCUCUGUACUCCACUGAUCCAUCUGAAUAAUAGGAACUCAAUUUGGCAAAAUGAAAUGUAACUGUCAGACUUCGCUGCAUUUUACACGUGCUGAUGUUUACAAUAAUGCCGAACAUUAGGAAUUGUUUAUAAACGACUUGGCAAAUUAUUUAUUACUAGUGCACUUAGCAGUUUUCACAAAACUGACUAGUGCAUGUUAAAGCUUAUUUUUAUGUGGUCUCAUGAUUUUAUUACACAAAUGUUUUUAACACUAUUAUCUGAAAUGGACAUUUUCUGUAUUAUCAGUUAAGAGUCACAUUUUAAGUGCUUCACAUUUGUACGUGUGUAGUCUGUAAUAUAUUUUUUUUUCAGUUCGUAUGCAGAACAUAUUUAGCCAUUACCCAUGAGACACCACCGAAUAUCUUACUGAUUUAGAGACAAUUAAAGAUUUCAGUAGAACUUUAGUCCUGAAUGCUGUGGGGGAGGGGGGAAAUGCAUUUUCUUCUGAAUUAUACAUUAUGUGCAUUUAAACUCUGCCAGAAAAAAAUAACUAUUUUGUUUUAAUCUACUUUUUGUAUUUAGUAGUUAUUUGUAUAAAUUAAAUAAAAUGUUUUCAAGUCAAACAA